AGGCGAAUGGAUACAUUACAAUUGUUUAAUGCACUCCAGUCGACGAUUUUCGGUAGUCAUGCGUUGCCAAGGUGUACGUGUUUUGGCGGCGACCGCCACAUUUUGUGUGCUUUUGGCGGCAAACACACAAUGUAUGGAUUUCGAGCACGCCGAGAGAAACGUCAACCGCAUCAGAGCCAGAAACGAGGCGAAACAACUGUACGUUAACGGCAAAGAAAACGAUGUUAAUUUCUGGUCGAACGUCGGAAUCAAAAAACUUGAGUCAAUGUUGAAGGUGGAACGACAAUACGGCGUCGCUAAGAACGUGAUAUUCUUCCUUGGCGACGGAAUGUCGAUUCCCACUUUGGCCGCCGCCCGGAUGUACAAAGGGCAGAUGGAAGGCAAAGCCGGCGAAGAGGACAUGCUGACGUUUGAAAAGUUUCCGUUUACCGGACUGUCCAAAACGUAUUGCGUGGACAGUCAAGUAGCUGAUUCAGCGUGCACGGCCACGGCUUACCUGACCGGCGUCAAGGGUAACAUCGAAACCAUUGGCGUAUCCGGGCACGUGUCCAACCGAGACUGCGUGGCUUCCGUGGUAAAACAGAACCGGGCUGAGUCUAGCAUGAGAUGGGCGCAGCUGGCGGGAAAAAGAACCGGCGUUGUGACCAACAUGAGGGUAACGCACGCCACGCCGGCUGGGGCUUAUGCUAACGUGGCGCAACGUAAUUGGGAGUGUGACGAUGACAUUCUUAGCGACCGUCAUAAACUAGCCGGUAUGGACUGUAACCAAACACCAGACAUUGCCCGACAGUUGAUUGAAAACGAGACCGGACGCAAUCUUAAUGUGAUCAUGGGUGGUGGUACUAAAAAGUUUAUCCCCGAAAAUCAGCAUGACGAAUACUCCAACCAAGGACAAAGGAAAGACAGAAGAAAUUUGAUGAACGAAUGGUUAGACUUAAAACGCGAUCCAAAUUCGAAAGCGAAGGUCGUCCAAAACAGAAGUCAGCUGUUGUCCGUUGACGAUCAAACCGACUAUUUGCUAGGUCUGUUUGCCCCUAGCCACAUGGGCUAUAACUUAACGGCCAACCAGACGGUCGAACCCACUCUAGUGGAAAUGGUGGAAGCGGCCAUCAAGGUGUUGUCCAAAGGCGAUAAGGGUUACUAUCUAUUCGUCGAAGGGGGUUUGAUCGAUUGGGCGCAUCAUUGGAACUGUGCUCAUCUGGCUUUGGACGAGACCGUUAUGCUGUCCAAAGCGGUGGAUAAGGCCUUGGAAAUGACUAGUCAGACCGACACGCUGAUUGUGGUAACGGCCGAUCACGCCCACACUAUGAGUCUCAACGGUUAUCCGUACAGGGGAAGCGACAUACUCGGACAUCCGUCGGUAUCAGAUUUAGACGAUUUGCCGUACUCGACACUUAGCUAUGCCAACGGACAAGGCGUUAGGCCAGACACCGGCGGUCAUCGAUACAACUUGUCGAUGGAAGACACUAAUGACGUUUAUUAUCGGUUUCCGGCCAUGAUAAAUGCUACAUGGGAAACGCACGGCGGUGACGACGUGGCCGUGUUCGCCUCGGGUCCGUGGUCUCAUUUGUUUGUAGGCAACUACGAACAGAACUACAUACCGUACGCCAUAAGUUAUGCAUCCCAAAUGGGACCUGGUGCCGAGCACACGGCGAACCCCAACACUAACGCUGCUACUUCAACCUUCUCAUUUACUAACCUCCUGUUGAUUGUGAUAGUGAUCGCAAUCGGACAGCUCAGAGUCAACAACUAGGCUUCUAGAUUUACUGAUUUACCGAUUCGUAAUGAGUUGAGCUCAUGUUGUUUGGUAAAUCGAACAUUUUUUGUGAACUGUGUUUUACAAAUAAGUUUUUAUACUUCAACGAAUAAAAUCAUUUUCUGCUUUGA